AAAGCCAAACGAUUGGGCCGAGGUUCGGGUGGUGGUAAAGCCAAAACGUCCGGUAGGGGUCACAAGGGUCAGGGCAAAUACGGUACAGGGAAAGGCCCCCAUUUCGAGGGAGGUCAGAAGCCGCUGCACAAAACCAUCCCCAAAUGGGGCAUGACCACCUUCAAGCGCAAGGAGUACGAGACUGUUAACUUGAAUAAGCUCCAAACAUGGAUUGAUCAGGGGCGCUUAGAUACGAGUGGGGUCAUCACAAUGAAGACUCUACGUGACUGUGGACUGGCCAGCAGGUCGCUCAAGGGCGGUGUUAAGAUUCUGGGUGAGAAGGAAGGCGAGUUGAAGUUCAACACACCCAUUGAGAUAGAGGUUUCACAAGCAUCCAGGACGGCCAUCCGAGACAUCGAGGCGAGUGGUGGAAAGGUCACAGCAAAGUAUUUCAAUACAGCGUCGCUGCGAGCGCUCAUAAAACCUCACAAGUUCCCCAACGGCGUACCCAAAGCGCCUCUACCCGUGGUCAGCAAAACACUGAAAUGGUACCGAAAUUACGACAAUCGGGGUUAUCUGGCUACUAAACCGGAGGACGAGAGUGCGACAGGUGCUGCCACUACGUAUAAGGUUACGGAGCUGAAGGAGGUCAAGGCGUGAUCCCGUUGUGAGGAUAGAAAGUAAUAAAACAAGUGAAACGCUUAAGACUGCGUGUAGUACCUGGGA